AUGGCAACAUUUUCUAAUGGCCAAUUUUCUGAAGUUUACGCAUCUGAAUAUAAUUUCUCUGUUAGUUCAUCAAAUAUUAGCGCAAAGCCAAUCAUGUAUCAUCGCACAUCAAUUAUUCCAACAAUACCUCCACGUCAUCAUCAUAAUCAAUUAGUUCCUGACGAUGAGCAACUUUCGAUAGCUAAAAAACAAGAGUUGGAGCGUAAGAUUGCACAUUCGGCUGUUGAAAGGCGUCGUCACGAAAAAAUAAAUGGUAAAAUAGUUCAGCUUCAAAAGUUAGUUCCAAGUUGUGUAGAUCAACUUCAAAUUCAUAUCCUUCAAGGCGCAAUUGUUUAUAUCUGUUAUUUAGAAGGUUUACUCGCGGAAAAACGAAAACUCGAGAAUAACGGCAGCAAUAACGAUAAUAAAGAUGACGGAAUAUUUGUGAAAAAGACAAAAUUGGAUUCCUAG